UCCAAUUCCAUUGCCAAAGAAGAAUGAGGUGUUGUUAAAGAUUGAUGCUGCAGCUAUCAACCCAUUUGAUUGGAAAGUUCAGAAGGGAGCUAUGCGACCAUUUUUACCACCUAAAUUUCCAUUCACGCCAGUGGAAGAUGUGGCCGGCGAAGUGGUCGACGUCGGCCCUGAAGUAAAAUCCUUAAAGCAGGGUGACAAGGUUGUCUCCCUCCUAAGCACUGGAGGAGGGCUAGCUGAGUAUGCCGUCGCAUCUGCAAACCUAACCACCACCAUCCCUCCGACCAUUCCUCCACCCGAAGCUGCCGGCCUUCCCGCCGCCUCCCUCACCGCCCUCCAAGCUCUCCGCUCCGCCGGCUGCUUCGAUCUUCAGCGCCCCCCAAAUCAACAACCCAAAAACAUCUUGAUCACCGCCGCAUCCGGUGGCGUCGGCCAUUUCGCCACUCAGCUGGCUAAGCUCGCCAACCUCCAUGUCACCGCCACUUGUGGAGCUCGCAACAUGGAGCUUGUCAGGAGCCUCGGAGCCGACGAGGUGCUGGACUACAAGACCCCGGAGGGCGCCAGUCUAAAGAGCCCGUCGGAGAAGAAGUACGAUGCUGUGAUCCACUGCGCGACGGGGAUUUCGUGGUCGGAGUUCAAGCCGAACCUGGCGGAGGGAGGGAAGGUGAUAGAUAUAACGCCGACGGUGAAGGUGAUGCUAACUUGGGUGCUCCAUAGACUGACCUUCUGUAAGAAGCAGCUGGUGCCGCUGCUGCUUUCGCCGGAGGGGAAGGAUCUGGAGUUCAUUGUUGGGUUGGUGAAGGAGGGGAAGCUGAGGACGGUGGUCGACUCGCGAUACCCGCUGGAGAAGGCGGAGGAGGCUUGGGGGAAGAGCAUGGCUGGGCAUGCCACCGGGAAGAUUAUAGUUGAGAUGUAGUGGAGUUGAUUGUUCUUGCAAAUAAUAUCGAUGUUGCAUUUGUGAAACGUUGCUGAAUUUGAAAGUGGAUGGAAGUAAAGAAUCA